GCUCGUUUGCUUGUCUUGGAUGGCAGUUCAUAUAGUUUGAAGGGCUCUAUUACGUCACUGUGACGUCGUGAGGAUGUAAUUUUUAGAUGUGGAAGUAUGUUAGGUACAAAACUACAUGAGAUCCAAAAACUCUACCAUAAAUCGUCUGUAAUAAUCAAUCAACUAACCAUGAUUGACACAGAAUGCAGUAACGGGUUGUGAUCAUGUUCGUUUAGCCUGUUUUGUUUUCAACUCAAUUCUAAUAAGUUUUCUUUAUUAUAAUUUUUUCAUAUUUUUCUGCUUUUCAGGUUCUUGUUCUAUCAAUAAAUCUCAUAUAGCUGUAUUUUGAAAAUGGCGUUUUCUCUAUCUAAAAUUGUGAGCAGAUUCUCAAGGAAAUCGAUUUCAUUCGCUACAAAUGACUCAAAAACCAUUUGCGCACUUGCCGAUAAAACUCAUUUUGGAAUUCGUCACGAGCCCAAUCAUGUACGUUCAUUGGUCACAACAAGUUCUAGGAUAAAUGGAAUUUUAGGUAUCGAUAACUUAGCUUCCAAAACUAUCAAAAAUGGGUACUCCAGCUUACACACAGAAGGUGACAGAAGAUUUGCUGAACUGUUGCAAGAUGAAAUUUCAGAAGAGAAAAAUCGGUCUGUUCCGUUGCCAAAAAUGUCUGAUGGAUGGAAAGUUUCGUUCAAAGGAGCUGAAGGCUCUCUAACAAAAUCUCAUGAAGGAGAUACAAUUGAGGUUUCUUUCACUUUGAAUGGGUCUGUUCCUCCUGUCAGCGACGAAGUAGAGGAAGAACCUAAUAUGGUUUCUUAUCCAGAUUUCAAUAUUAAAGUUACUAAAUCUGGCAACCCAAAAACUGUAGAAUUUGAGUGCUAUUUCCCUGAUGAUGUCCAGUCUGAAAUGGCUGAUGAAUCAAUGAGUAUGUUCUCUAUUCGCAAUGUUGUUAUUUAUGAAGGUGAAAUCAGCGAUGAAACAUAUAUUAUCGACACAGAAAAUCUUGAUGAAAAUGUUUAUAGUUAUUUUCUCAGUUUCUUAGCAGAUCGAAGUGUCGACCAACAAUUUGCAGAAGAAUUCAUUGAGCUUGCCACAGCAGCUGAACAGCAGGAGUAUAUUAAUUCACUGCAGAAUUUGAGAGACUUUAUAUCAAACAAAUAACUUUUGU